CGGCCGCGUGGGACUCCUCACUUCCUUCUCGGGCCAAGAUGGCGGGGGACGAGGCGGGAGUGACUCUGGGGCAGCCGCACCUCAGCCGGCAGGAUCUCGGCACCUUGGAUGUUACCAAGUUGACGCCUCUUUCACCAGAAGUCAUCAGCAGACAAGCAACAAUUAAUAUAGGUACAAUUGGUCAUGUAGCGCAUGGAAAGUCGACAGUAGUCAAAGCUAUAUCUGGAGUUCAUACUGUCAGAUUUAAAAAUGAACUGGAAAGAAAUAUCACAAUCAAGCUGGGUUAUGCUAAUGCAAAGAUUUACAAGCUGGAUGAUCCAAGCUGCUCUCGACCAGAGUGUUACCGAUCCUGUGGAAGUAGCACCCCAGAUGAGUUCCCUACAGAUAUUCCUGGCACCAAAGGGAACUUUAAACUAGUCAGGCAUGUCUCUUUUGUGGAUUGUCCUGGGCACGAUAUUUUGAUGGCUACUAUGUUGAACGGUGCAGCAGUAAUGGAUGCAGCUUUACUGCUGAUAGCUGGUAAUGAGUCAUGCCCUCAACCUCAGACCUCAGAACAUCUAGCUGCUAUAGAAAUCAUGAAACUGAAGCACAUUUUGAUUCUACAGAAUAAGAUUGACUUGGUGAAGGAGAGCCAGGCUAAAGAACAGUAUGAACAGAUUCUUGCAUUUGUACAAGGUACAGUUGCAGAAGGAGCUCCAAUAAUUCCAAUCUCAGCACAGUUGAAAUACAACAUUGAGGUGGUUUGUGAAUACAUAGUGAAGAAAAUCCCAGUCCCUUUGCGAGACUUCACAUCUGAACCAAGGCUUAUUGUAAUUAGAUCUUUUGAUGUCAACAAGCCUGGCUGUGAAGUUGAUGACCUUAAGGGAGGUGUAGCUGGUGGCAGUAUUCUAAAGGGUGUUUUAAAGGUGGGCCAGGAAAUUGAGGUGCGCCCUGGUAUUGUAUCCAAGGACAGUGAAGGAAAACUCAUGUGCAAGCCAAUCUUUUCCAAAAUUGUGUCACUCUUUGCUGAACACAACGAUCUACAAUAUGCUGCUCCAGGAGGCCUUAUAGGUGUUGGCACUAAGAUUGAUCCCACUUUGUGCCGAGCUGACCGCAUGGUGGGCCAAGUUCUUGGUGCAGUUGGGGCACUGCCAGAAAUAUUUACAGAGCUAGAAAUUUCCUACUUCUUGCUGAGACGACUCUUAGGUGUGCGCACUGAAGGAGACAAGAAAGCCGCAAAGGUGCAAAAAUUAUCGAAGAAUGAAGUUCUAAUGGUAAACAUAGGAUCCUUAUCUACUGGAGGGAGAGUCAGUGCUGUAAAGGCUGAUUUAGGGAAGAUUGUGCUAACUAACCCUGUAUGCACAGAAGUGGGAGAAAAAAUUGCUCUGAGUCGAAGAGUUGAGAAACACUGGCGUUUAAUUGGUUGGGGUCAGAUCAGAAGAGGAGUGACAAUCAAGCCAACUGUUGAUGACGACUGAAGAACAUAAGAGGGCUUCAUUUUUAAAGAUGAAGUGCCUAUUUCUAUUUUGGAGGGGGUGUAUUUUCACAGUGGAGUUGGAAGCUGUGCAAACAGUAUCUUUGAGUUGUAUGGCUGUCCUCGUAUGUUUUAUUGAAUUUUACCCUCUUACUAAAAUACUAGUCACUGUCACCAUUAAAAGUGUAAAAGAAUUGGCAUAGAAGUGGGUUGAAUUAUCCACAUUUUAGGAGAAAUUAAUUGUACAUGUCUCAUGGCAUGUCUAAUUUAUGUUACUUUGUGUUUCAGACAUAUCUGUUUAAUAUCAGUAAAUAAAACCAGCCCCAGUGUAACACACAAACCAUAAAUCUGGUAUUGAAAUAAAAUAUUGCUUAUUUUCAUUAAUUCAUACAGUUUUUCUGAGUAACAAAAGACUGCAGUGAUUGUUGUACAAGAAUUAAAAGCAAGCAACCAAACUCUUCUUGGAAGACUAGUGCGUUUUCUGCACAACUGUUUUGUCUAGACAGCAGUUUACAACAAAAAACUUUAUUCAUUUCUUUCUAUGGUUCUGAUUUUAGGAUUCUAAAGUAUUAUACUUUGUAAUUAGGAUGGCAAUGUUAACUGACUUAAAUUUGUCAUUUCUGAUAUUACUACAUGUUUCCUUAAACCCCCAGAGAAAAACUACAAGUAAACUGGAUCUGAACUGGCA